ACAAAGGCAAAGUAGCUUACGACGUACAUUACAAUGGCACCGAAAAAGCGUUCUUCUCUCUUCUCUUAUACUACACCUAUUCCCAUCGUUUUAGGAAAUUGUAAGGUUGUUGUGGAAGCUGGGAAAUUCUCCUCAGAAUUAAACGGAAAUAAUCUCGAAAUAUCUUUGGCAAAGAACGCCAAAGUCAAAAUCUCUGUGGUGGAUGAUGGGAAUUGUUCAAAGGAAGGCGAAAUCCCUAUGAAUAGUGGGUAUGAGGAAAAUGGUAAUUACUGCUUCAUGCUCAUUAAUCCCAAAGAUGUUGACGGAAAAACCAAGUCUUUACUUCAGGAAGUAUUGAGCAUUUAUUCAAAUGAGCUACCAGCAAUGAACUAUGCUGCAAACACAGGAAAAGAAUCACAAUUCCUUGAAAGAUGUGUAUCAAAUGGGAAGUACUGCACGCUAGUUCUGAAAACCAAGGAGGACAUAGAACCUGGGGAAGUCAUUGCUGCAAUCACUUAUCAAAUAGUUCCAGCUGAUAUGCAAUUUGCUGAGGUUCCUCUUGCGGCUGUUAAAUCGGUGUACCAACUCAAGGGGAUUGGUCGCUUAAUCUAUUUGGAGCUGAGGAAAAGAUUGCAAGGUGUGGGCGUUCGAACCGUACUUUGCUGGGGAGAUAAGGAGUCUGAAGGAUUUUGGCUUAAGCAGGGGUUUUCAGUUAUUGGUCAAGUUGACACGAAAGGCAGAGCUCGCAGGCUCCCCGUUAAGGCUGAUAUUCGAAAAGCAUUGUGUUUUCCUGGCGGUUCAAAUCUCAUGAUUUCUCAUUUCAACAAGGACAGCUUACACGAUUCUGCAGUGUAUCUAAAUUUGAAAUUCCCCUUAAAGCCUUCAGGAGAGGAUUGCCAAUCUCCAGUUCUUCAAGAACAAAGAGAAACUGUGUCUGAGGGAAAUGACCAUUCCCAGGACAGAAAUGAGGCAAUUAAAAGCAUCGGCUCUAACUACUAUGAUUGUCAAGACUUUCAACCUGGAGAUGGUGCUGUUGGGAGCAGCAAGCAUGGACCUAUGGGAUUCAAUGAAAGCGAACGCCAAGCUUUACUGAAGCAAUGUUCUUGUUCAGCAUCAGGAUCAAAGAAGAGGACUUGGGAAACCUCAUACACUUCUGUUAAAUCCAAAAAAAUAAAGGGAGGACAUCAAACUGACUGUGACUUGCAUGCUAAGGACAAUAGUUUAGAAAGUGAUGUAGGGAUUAGUUUCUCUGCAGUUUCAAAGAGAAAAUGUAAGACAGAUAUUAAUCCUAGUGACCGAUUAACAAGCCGCUCUCUGGAAAAGAAUGCUGAAGAAGCUACCGCAGUUAAUUUGACAUAUAAAGGUCACAGUAGCCCAGGCAUUUAUUCAAGAGGGACAAACUACAGAAUUAUGCUGAUGAAUAUUGCUGAUGAUAAUAAAAAAGCAAAUUUGACCAAGAUAAUCGGAGACCUUGGUGGAGAUGUUACUUCUGAUGGAAGUGUAAGCACACACGUAGUCACAGGCAAAGUGAGGAAAACCUUGAAUUUUUGCUCUGCUCUAUGCUCAGGAGCUUGGAUACUGUCACCAAGUUGGUUGAAAGAAAGCUUCCGGAAUGGCCAAUUUAUAGAUGAAAUGCCAUUUAUUUUGAGAGAUGAAGACUACGAACUGCAGUACAGAACUGAGCUUAAAGGGGUAGUUCUUAGAGCAAAAACAUACCCCCAAUCUCUGCUCAAGGGGUAUGACAUAUGUCUUGCAGCUCAUGUUCAUCCUCCAGUUGGUACCUUAUCAGACAUUGUAAAUUCUGCAGGAGGAAAUGUUAUACAUGGACUAGAUCAAGUGAAAGACGAUUCUAAAACGAUAUUCGUUGCAUGUGAAGAAGACAUGGAUGAAGCACUGUCAGCAGUUAAGAAGGGAAUAUGGACUUUCAGCAGUGACUGGUUUAUGAACUGCAUAAUGAAACAAGAGCUUGACUUAGGAGCUCCUCAAUUUGCAGAGUCCCUCUAAUGCACAGAUUAAGAGCAAAAUGAUCUGAUAAAAUAUGAAAAAACGUGAAUAUUUCUGAGGAAGGAAACUUGAAAAAUAAAACUUAGGAUAGUUUAUAUGCUCUUUGUUAACAGUUGGGGAGAAACACUUGAGAUGUUUCCAUUUCUUCUAAAUUCUAAUAUCUUGUCUGUAUUUGUAAAUGGUUGUAAUGGACAUUUUUCCUCAUCAGGGUUAACUUACUAUUGACCAA